GCACUUGCUGCUAGCUGAAAAGAAAUGUGAGCGAUCAGUUUUUGAGUUGACUUCGAGCCGAGCGGACGCGAGUUUGUCGUUCUGCGGAUCACGAAACCAAAAAAAAAAUAAGAUAGAAAGAGAAUAUUUAGAACACGAAGUGGCACAAAUUUAUCAAAGCAACGCGCUAUCGCACCCCCCACUUGGAUUACGGUCAACGCGAAACAACUACAACUAAAAAUCAAAACAAAAAUAAAAGAUAUAAAGAUAUAAAGCUACAAAAAGCAAAGAAAUCGAAAAGAAGAAAGUAUAAUAGCCAGCGAGAAAAACAAGAAAAUCGUAUUAGAUUAAGUUCUGGCAUCUUUGAUGUGGUGUUUCUGUGAAAAGUGGCGAUUGUGCAAAGCUACGCUAUAAAAUUAAAAAGAUACUAAUGAAUAAUACACAAAAAACAAAUUAAAAAUGGGCAAGAAAUAAUUAAGGAUUGAGAGACCAACACAUAACCCCCGAUCCCCGUUCGAAUUAAACCGAAAUCGGAUCGCGAAACCCAUUGGAAGCCAAAAUGCUGGCCACCAGUCAUAUGCUGUACGUAUUGAUCGCCACCUGGGUGAUGCCCAUUUUCGGGGCCGCCCUCAGCAAAACGGUUCUGUACCAGGCUCCGGAUGAGUGCCGCUGGUCCGGCGGCGGGGAGCACGACAUCACCCUGGUGUGCCACCUGAGAACCAUCAACUCGGAGCUGGAGAACACCAACUUCAGUGUCAUCCAGCCGCACAACACGGUGCGCCUGCGUCUGGAGUGCAACGAUGCCCUCUUCUUCCAGAGCAGUCUCAGUCCCGACAGCUUCAGGUCGUUGGUGGAGCUGCGCGACCUGACCAUCGAGUACUGCAAGCUGGGAAACCUCACCGAUGGCUCCUUCCGGGGCCUGCACGAGCUGCGGAAUCUGACCAUUCGCACCCACAACGGCGAUUGGUCCACGAUGUCUCUGGAGAUGGCCUCCAACAGCUUCGUGGAGUUCCGCCAGUUGGAGCGCUUGGACUUGAGUCUGAACAACAUCUGGCUGAUACCCGAUGGCAUGGUAUGCCCCCUGAAGUCGCUGCAGCACCUGAACGCCUCCUACAACAAAAUCCAGGACAUCAGCAACUUCUACUUCAGCGCGUCGCUGAGUUCCCGGAAAGCCAGGGUUUGUGGAACCACCCUCCAAAGCCUGGAUUUGAGCGCCAACAAGAUGGUCAGCCUGCCCUCGGCUAUGUUGUCGGCAUUGGGACGGCUAACAAACCUAAACAUGGCUAAGAAUAGCAUGAGUUUCCUGGCCGAUCGCGCCUUUGAGGGUCUUCUUUCCCUGAAAGUGGUAGACCUUUCGGCCAACCGGUUGACUUCCCUGCCACCGGAACUCUUCGCCGAGACCAAGCAGUUGCAGGAGAUCUACUUGCGAAAUAACUCCAUCAACGUCUUGGCUCCUGGAAUCUUCGGCGAACUGGCCGAGCUUCUGGUCUUGGAUCUGGCCAGCAAUGAGCUCACUUCCCAGUGGAUCAAUGCGGCAACUUUUGUGGGCCUGAAAAGGCUGAUGAUGCUGGAUCUCUCCUACAAUAAAAUCAGUCGCCUGGAGGCGCACAUCUUCCGACCACUGGCAAGCUUGCAAAUUCUGAAACUGGAGGAGAACUACAUUGAUCAGCUGCCGGCGGGCAUUUUCGCGGAUCUCACGAAUCUGCACACCCUGAUCCUCUCCCACAAUCGCAUCUCGGUCGUCGAGCAGCGCACCCUGCAGGGCUUGAACAAUCUGCUGGUGCUCUCCCUGGACAACAAUCGCAUUUCCCGGCUUGAACAGAGAUCUCUGGUCAACUGCAGCCAGCUGCAGGAUCUCCAUCUGAAUGGCAACAAACUGCAGACUGUUCCCGAGGCUCUGGCCCAUGUUCCGCUGCUGAAAACCCUCGAUGUGGGCGAGAACAUGAUCAGUCAGAUCGAGAACACGAGUCUGACGCAACUGGAGAAUCUCUACGGCCUGAGAAUGACGGAGAAUCCCCUGACGCACAUCCGGAGAGGAGUCUUCGAUCGCAUGGCCUCUCUGCAAAUCCUCAAUCUGUCGGGUAACAAGCUAAAGUCCAUUGAAGCCGGCUCCCUGCAACGGAAUGUCCAGCUCCAGGCCAUCCGAUUCGAUGGCAAUCAGUUGAAAUCCAUCGACGGCCUCUUCACCGAACUGCCCAACCUGGUUUGGCUGAAUAUCUCCGGGAAUCGCUUGGAGAAGUUCGAUUACUCGCACAUUCCCAUCGGCCUGCAGUGGCUGGAUGUGAGGGCCAAUAGGAUUACCCAGCUAGGAAAUCACUUCCAGAUCGAAAACGAACUGAGCUUGACCACCUUCGAUGCCAGCUACAAUCUGCUGACGGAGAUUACCUCCAAUUCGAUCCCAAACAGCGUGGAGGUUCUCUACCUGAACGACAACCAAAUCUCCAGCAUCCAGCCCUAUACCUUCUUCAAGAAGCCGAACCUGACGCGAGUGGACUUGGUGAGGAAUCGUCUGACUACCUUGGAGCCCAAUGCCCUGCGUUUGUCGCCCAUUGCCGAGGAUCGCGAGAUCCCAGAGUUCUAUAUUGGACACAAUGCCUACGAGUGCGAUUGCAACCUGGAUUGGCUGCAGAAGGUUAACCGAGAGUCGCGGACGCAGCCACAACUGAUGGACCUGGAUCAGAUUCACUGCCGCUUGGCCUAUGCCCGAGGUUCGUCGCAUGUCUCUCUAAUCGAAGCCAAGUCGGAUGACUUCCUGUGCAAGUACGCCUCGCACUGUUUCGCCCUGUGCCAUUGCUGCGAUUUCCAGGCCUGUGACUGCAAAAUGGAGUGCCCGGAUAGGUGCUUCUGCUAUCACGAUCAGUCGUGGACCUCCAAUGUCGUGGACUGCAGUCGGGCCACCUACGACCAGGCCCUGCCCUCCCACAUUCCCAUGGAUGCCACGCAGCUCUAUUUGGACGGCAACAACUUCCGGGAGCUGCAGAGUCACGCUUUCAUUGGACGCAAGCGCUUGAAGGUUCUGCACUUGAAUCACUCGCGGAUCGAAAUUCUCCACAAUCGCACUUUCUAUGGUCUUCUGGAGCUGGAAGUCCUGCAGCUGCAGAGCAAUCAGCUGACGGCUCUCAACGGCAACGAGUUCCAGGGUCUGGACAACCUGCAGGAGUUGUAUCUCCAGCAUAAUGCCAUCGCCACCAUUGAUACGCUCACCUUCACGCACCUGUAUCACCUGAAGAUCUUGCGGCUGGACCACAAUGCCAUCACCUCGUUUGCCGUUUGGAACUUCCUGCCCAGCUACUUGAACGAGCUGCGUCUGGCCGGAAACCCCUGGAGUUGCAAUUGCGAGUUCAUCGACAAGAUGAAGGACUUUAUGAAUCGCCACGAAUAUGUUGCGGACCGGCAGAAGAUGAAGUGCGAAGCUAUCAGUGGCAACACCACCCAGCAGAUGGUACUGUAUCCAGGUGGAUCUGGAGCGGAGGCCACCCCCUUGCCGGUGGUGCAGUGCAGUCAGACCCUGCCAUUGGGCCUGGACAACAACUACAUCUAUGCGGAGCAGGCAGUCAGUGGCGGCAAUGCCUCCAAUGCCACAUCCACCAAGAUGAUCCUGAAUCAGCCGCCCAAGCAGGACUAUAUCCCCAUCCUAGUGGCAAUUCUGACUGGCUUUAUUUUCGUGAUGAUCUGCACCCUGUUGGUGUUCAUUUUCCGCCAGGAGAUGAGGGUGUGGUGCCACUCGAGAUACGGCGUUCGGCUGUUCUACAAUGCCCACAAGGACGUGGACAAGAACGAGCGGGAGAAGCUGUUCGACGCCUUCGUUUCCUACUCCUCCAAGGAUGAGCUGUUCGUGAACGAGGAGCUGGCUCCCAUGUUGGAGAUGGGCGAGCACCGGUACAAGCUGUGCCUGCACCAGAGAGACUUUCCCGUGGGUGGCUAUCUGCCGGAAACCAUUGUCCAGGCCAUCGACAGCAGCCGGCGAACCAUAAUGGUGGUCAGCGAGAACUUCAUCAAGUCGGAGUGGUGCCGGUUCGAGUUCAAGUCCGCCCAUCAGUCGGUCUUGAGGGAUCGGCGCCGUCGCCUGAUUGUGAUUGUGCUCGGCGAGGUGCCUCAGAAGGAACUGGAUCCGGAUCUACGCCUGUAUCUGAAGACCAACACGUAUCUGCAGUGGGGCGAUAAGCUGUUCUGGCAGAAGUUGCGCUUCGCCUUGCCGGAUGUCUCCUCAUCCCAGCGAUCGAAUGCCGGCGGCGUCGGCGGCAACCAGGGCUGCCAUGUGCCGAUCAACCAUGCCGCCUACCACCACCACCAUCACAUUCACCAGCAGCCGCUGCCCCUGCCCCAUCCGCCGCACCACCAUCAUCAGCAGCAGUUUAUGCUGCCGCCGCCACCUCAGCAACCGGGUAGCUUCCGUCGCCAGCCAUCGUUGCAACACCAACAGCAGCAGCAACUGCGAGGCGCUAAUGCAACCCAACAGCAACAGCAGCAACAGCAACAACAACAGCAGGCGGCCCUGCUCAUGGGCGGUGGGUCGGUGGGAGGGCCUGCCCCCCAGAUGAUACCCCUAGCGGGAGGCAUCCAGCAACAGAGCCUGCCUCCGCCACCCACGCAACCCACGCCGGCGUCAAGAAAUCUGCACAUGUGAGUGGGGUUAAGAGAUAAGUAGAAGGGUUAAAGGUUAACGGCAAGGUCAGGAGAGUUGGAAAUUGGAGAUGAUGAUAUUUAUUUAUUUUUUUUUUAACUUAUUAGCUUUCUUUCCCCCAAAAAAACAAGUUCAACUUCCUCCAAUUUUUUUUGUUUGUUAAGAAAACGAGGGGAAUUGCAUUCAAUAUGCAAAUGCAAGCGUUUAGCGAUAAAAGCCUAGUUACUUGUUAAAAUACUAAAAAGAAAAGAAGUCCGAGUCGAAGUCGAAUGGGGGAAGAACAGGCAACACCACAGAAGAAACUUGGCAACAACAAAAGACAACAGUAAAAUAGCUGGCGAGCCAGGCAAUUGUUGUUUGUUGGCCCUGUUCUGUUUUCUUACGGCCAGCUAUUUUCAGUUUCCUGGCUCGCAGCUCGCAGCAAGAUUCUGAAAAUUGAUGUUGCAUGCAACACACCAAACAGCAACACCAACAACCAGUCAGUCAGCCAGCAACAAAAGGCCCAAAACUAUUUCUCCUUGCCUGUUUUUCCUCUUUCAAUUUUUUUUUUGUUUUUUUCUUCUCUAUUUUGUAUUUUUUUUUUUGUUUUUCUUGGUUUUUCCCUGUUUUGCAACGUUCCGUCGUUAGUUCAUCUUAACUGCUGCAUUUUGCUAUAACAAGCUCGACGUGUGUAGAAGAUACACCCGUGUAUCUGUAUCUGUAUCUGCAGCUGUAAAUGUAUCUGUGACUGUGACUGAGGCAGGGACUGCGACUGGGACUGGGCAAAAGGAAAAUAGGCAACGCAAAACACAUCACACAGGGAGAACUCAUGUCUGGCCAAAAGAAAUUGUAACAAAAAGCAGACCUUAGACGUUAGACGAGGACACAGACCAAAAACCCCCCACAAAAAAACUGAAAAAAAAAUCGGAAAAAAAUAGAGAAAGAGGAAAACCCAGACUGUCUACAGACAGUUUGUUGUUGCAGCAGCUGUACGGGUUAAAAUUGGUUUCGGGUCUUGUGUCGCUUCUUUGUUUUGUUUUGGCCCCUUUGAGCCACAAUUACAUGUGCUAAUCAAUGGUAUAUGGCCGAAAUGGAGAGAGCGCAAGAUGCAACAAAUUUCUCGUGUGUGGGAAAAAUGUAAACAAUUGUUUUUAGGUUUUUGGCCCUGAUAAAGGCCGAGAAUGCCCAGAGGAACAUCUUAGCAAUUCCCUUGUUUCAGCACAACACGCUAUGCCUAGAUUUGAUUAGAAAACCUCGCUUUCUUUCUUUCUUCCAAACACAACCCACCACUCCAUACACCCAGCUAGUCAGAGAUUAAGUAUUUCCCAGAGUGAAACUUACACGGAUGACCUUGUGCUGCCAGAAGGAAAAUAAAGAAAAGCGCAGAGAACUUCAUUGGCAAGUCGAGAAAGUCCCAAGGAGAAGCGUAGGAGAGAGAUCAGCACGUGUGCCUCUGCCAGCCAGCCAGCGAGUUUUCAGUUUUUCGGGCCCCGAAAAGUUGUGUUUUUGGCCAAUCGACAAGGCCAAUGUGGACGGAGGAGUUGGGACAUGGCACAGAGCUGUACAGAUUAGUUUGGUCUUGGGCGAUUAAAAUCUACCUGGUUGUUCUAUCCCUCCCUAGCCAUCUCUAUCGCAGACAAUCUCCAACUUUGCUGCCUUGCCGGGCCAAUUUAAGAAUGCAUUCCAAAAGCAAGAAACAAGAAAACUAGUUAACAAAACACACACUCACACUACACACUAUCUAGAUGGAUUCACUUUAAAGUUUAAACUGUAAAUAAGUUAAAAAUUUAAAUGUUAAUUGUACGUUAAUUUGUUUAAUCAUUGUGAUAUUUUGUUUUAGAAUUAAUCUCUAAUUUAUGAAGAUGAAUACCAUUUUCCUACCAACCUAUACCUAGCCGUAAGCUUAUCCUCAUUAGUUAGACUAGUUUGUAAGUUAAUAAAUCAAAACCUAAUCCGAAUCAGAAUCCGAAUCGAAUCCACUACCGCCCCCGCCUAUAAUACAGCCAUAUUAAUUCUAUGAAAAUAAUAAAAUUAUUGUAUAUAAAAAGAAAGGACUGUAUGCACAAAAACGAAGCAAGAAAAUAAACCGAAUUAUGCAACUCGAAUCAAACAAAUU